AAAACUUAAAACUUGUUUUAAUUUACUUUUCUCUUAUUAAUGAUUUGGAAUAAUUUUCAUAUGGUUAUAUCAAGAGUUUCUAUUUCAUGAAUUCAUGCGUUAUCAUGACUUAGAAUUAGUGGUGUUAAUAUCUUAUCCAUCUACUACUAAUACUUAUACUAAUUGAUAAUAAUAAUAAUAUCUAAGUUUCAUAGUGCCUCCUAUGUGCUAGAUACUGUACUAAAUGCUUUACAAUCAUUACCUCAUUCUAUCCUACCAACAACCUAGGGAGAUAAAUGUUAUGAUUAUCCCCAUUUUACAGCGGAGAAAACUGAGGCAAAUGGAAGUUAAGUGAUUUGCCCAAACUCACACAGAUAGUCACUAUGUGAGGGUCCAGGUCCAUCAUUCUAUCGCUCAGCUGCCUUACUAGACUGCAAACUUAGUGAGGGAAAGAGUCUGUAUAUUAACUUUGCCUCUUCCCUAGAUUAAAAAAAAAUGGGUUUUUUUCCCCAGAAUAGGUGCUUAAUAAGUAUUUGUUAAAUAAAUUUUUCAGAUGAGGAAACGGUGAGCCCAGUGGGAGAAAAUGACUUAACCCAGAUUCUCUUGAGAGGAGGACUAAGUUGACCAUGGAUGGGACCAACAAGUCCUCUGAAGGGGCCCCAUUUAUCCUCCUGGGCUUGUCCACAAACCCUGGGCAGCUCCGGCCUCUGUUUGCCCUGUUCCUGGUCCUCUACAUAGCAGGUAUGAUGGGGAAUGGCCUCAUUGUGGCAGCCAUCCGCGCCAGUCCGGCCCUCAAUGCCCCUAUGUAUUUCCUGCUGGCCCACCUCUCCUUUGCCGACCUCUGCUUCACUUCUGUUACCGUGCCCAAGAUGCUGGCCAACCUGAUUGCCCAUGACCGCUCCAUCUCACGGGCAGGCUGCCUAACUCAGAUGUAUUUCUUCUUUGCCUUGGGUGUGACUGACAGCUGCCUCCUGGCUGCCAUGGCCUAUGAUCGCUACGUGGCUAUCCGGCAUCCACUGCACUACACAGUCCGAAUGUCACGGGCUGUGUGCACAGGACUUGUCACAACGGCCUGGGUCGUCUCUCAUUCACACUCCUUGCUGCACAUUCUGCUCAUGGCCCGCCUGUCCUUCUGCGCCUCCCACAGUGUCCCUCAUUUCUUCUGUGACCACCAGCCCCUGCUGCGGCUCGCUUGUUCAGACACUCGUCAUAUCCAGCUGCUCAUCUUCACCGAGGGGGCCGCUGUGGUGGUCACACCCUUCCUGCUCAUCUUGGCUUCCUAUGGCGCCAUUGCCGUUGCUGUGUUACGCCUGCCCUCUGUGUCUGGGCGGCUCCGGGCUGUGUCCACCUGUGGCUCCCACCUGGCAGUGGUGAGUCUCUUCUAUGGCACCAUCAUUGCAGUCUACUUCCAGCCAACGACACGAUAUGAGGCUGAGAGAGGGCGUGUGGCCACCGUCAUGUAUACCGUAAUAACCCCCAUGCUCAACCCAGUCAUUUAUAGCCUCAGGAACCGAGAUGUUCAAGGGGCACUCCGAGCUCUCUUUACUGGACGUAGGAUCUCAACAGAGCCUACCUAAAGCCUGGGCUGGCUUCAGAGAUGGCCAAUAGCCAGUUUGAUCCCACAGGGUACUAGAGUUGGAAGAGAUUAUCUAUUUCAACACCCUCUUGUUACAGAUCAGGAAAAAUGAAGUCCAGAAAGGGGUAACAAUGACACAGCUGAUGAGUGGCA